AUUUACCUUAUCUAAGUAGUUUUCAUUUAAAGUGUAACUUGCAUUGUUUUUGAUAAUGGUUUUUUAUAAUUUACUGAUAAUUGUUUUGUUAUGUGCAAAUGCCUUUUGUAAACAACCAUGGGAAAGAAGUAAAAACGCACUGAAAGACAAAAUUGAAUCCGAAUUAUUGGAAGAUUCCAACCUGUUAGCACAUGUAAGAACAUCUAAAGAAAUAAAUGACGAAAAGACAAAAAUUUUCUGGGACGAACUAGCUAUAAAAUUUUUAAAGGAAAAAAUAGCUAAAAAACUGAACACAAAUGUUGCCAAAAACGUAAUUUUGUUUCUUGGUGAUGGUAUGUCCAUUCCAACAAUUACUGCAACCAGAGUUUAUCUGGGAGGAGAAGAAAAGCAACUAUCUUUUGAACACUUUCCUUACACGGCACUUUCUAAGACAUACUGCGUAGACCAUCAAACAGCAGAUUCUGCGUGCUCAGUAACUGCUUACCUAGGUGGGGUGAAGGCUAACUUGGGUACAAUUGGUGUAACAGCAGCCGUGGAACAGCAGAAUUGUAGUGCUAUGAAUGAACUGAAAAACCAUGUAAAUUCCAUAGCAACGUUAUUUCAAAAGAAAAAUAAAUGGACCGGUCUAGUUACUACGACGAGAGUAACACAUGCUUCACCUGCUGGUGUUUAUGCACACACUGCAUACCGACACUGGGAAAGCGAUUCUGAUGUUUUAGAUUCACAUCUAAAUCCAAAGGUUUGCGUCGACAUAGCGACCCAGUUAAUUUUAGGGAAAACCGGCCAAAAUUUGCACGUCAUUCUAGGAGGUGGUCGAAAAAAAUUUAUUCCUAAAUACUCUAGCGAUGAAGAAGGCCGACCUGGAGACCGAUCUGAUGAAAUAAAUUUGAUAAGCGAAUGGAUUGGGCAAAAAGCAGAGAUGGGAGUUAAAUCUGAGUAUGUUUCAAAUAGAUCGCAACUGUUGAAAGUAAAAAAUGACACCGAAUAUCUAUUAGGUUUAUUCGCCAACAACCAUAUGCAGUAUAAUCUAGACAGAGACAACACUACUGAACCAUCGCUCCAAGAAAUGACUGAAGCAGCAAUUAAGCUUCUUAAGAAAGGUCCAAACGGGUACUUUCUAUUUGUAGAAGGAGGCAAAAUAGAUAAAGGCCAUCACGCUACAACCCCACGCAAGGCUCUAGAUGAGACUGCUGAGUUUUCCAAAGCAAUUCAAAAGGCAGUUGAAAUGACCGACGAAGAAGACACUCUCAUUGUGGUUACGGCAGAUCAUUCGCAUACGAUGAGUUUUUCCGGUCAUGCGAAAAGAGGAACCGACGUUUUUGGAUACGCUGGUAUCGCUGAUGACAACAAUUUUUAUACGAUUUUGAGUUACGCCAAUGGGCCAGGUUUUAGACAUGGAAAGAAAAAUAAGAACAGAUAUGUACCAUCUAUCCAUAAAUUGAAUGACAAAGAUACAAAAUGGCCUGCCACGGCUCCGCUACAUUCAGAAACACAUGGAGCUGACGAUGUUUCAAUUUACGCUAGAGGUCCCUGGGCGCAUCUCUUUGCUGGUGUUCUAGAACAAAAUAUAAUUCCACAUAUUAUGGCAACGGCUGCCUGUGUCAGCAAUGAUUUUAUCUGUGAUAACGACGUCAAAAUGGCAUAAGAAAAUAUUUUUUUGCUAUAUUACUACGAACAAUUUAUAACAAUUUUAUUUUUUGUGCGUGAGUUAAGUGAACAGUCGGACCUGUCGAAACUAACGAAAUAAAAAAAGCAGCCUAAUUGGCUAGACAUGACUAAUCAGCUGAUCCGCCAGGGUUAGUCAGAACCACGAUGAAAGGCACUUAUUAAUAGGUGUUUUAACUUCCCUCAAAUCCCAUUUAAAAACAAAAGACAAUAUGGCACCACACAAUGUAGUUCCAAAAAAUCCACUAGAGGUCGUUAGAAGGUGAGGUACUCGUUUGAUCAUUAUAAGAGCUAAAUAAAGCAUGUUUUAACAUUAACAUAAAGUCUGGCUAAUUGGUUCCUACCACAGCCAUUCAACUAAUAAAAAAAACAUCAACAUGUAUCCAACUUCAAGAUUUGGCCAUUAGAUGAUUGGUCAAUCAUUUGACAGGUUAUUAUGGAAAUGUUCACGGAGCAUGACAUUUACGUAUAUUAAAUCAAUCACCUGAUUAAAGAUUUAAAACAUUUCAGAUGCAUCCGAUGUGGAUAUUCAAAAUAUUCAAAAUAUAUGAAUGAUGUACUGAUGUCAAGUCAAAUGUUAAUUUUUUAGAUAUCAAAAGUAGAAGUAGAAGAUGACGAUGUGGAAAUAAAAUAAUAAAAACGCUAAUAAUUGCUACUAUAGGCUUUUAUAACAUUUUGUAGAUAAAGAAAAGAAACGAAUAAAAGUAUUUUUAAUUUUUUAAGUGUGUGUGUGUAUAUUUUAUUAGAAUAAGCAGUUCGGCUGUUAAGACAAUCAUCCGGAUAUUAUAAACAUAAACAACAAUGGAAUGAUCGAUAAUAAUUUGUUCUUUUUUGCAUUUUUAAUGCAAGCUUUUGGCGAAUACUAAUAAAAUUUCCACACAUGAAAAGACCUACCUUUUGACAGUUUGCAGUCAUUAUUUGUUUUUAUUUGCAGUACCCCACCUUCUACCGACCUCUGGUAGAUUUUUAGUACUAUGCAUUGUUUGGUGCCAUAUUUUAAAAAUAAUUAGGCAUUCCAAAUAAAUGAAUUACCAGUGGGCAGGUUUGGUAUAUCUAAGGGUGGCGACAUAUGGUGUAUUCUAUCUACUUUACGUAAAAUCAUGAAUUAUGGAUUACAUUUAAAUAUUUUAUGUCAAACAUAAUAAAAAUAAUAUUUAAAAAACCCACCUAUACAUUUCUUCAUAAAUUGGCAGGCUUGGCGAGUACUACUUCGAAUAAAAAUAGCGUCCAAGUUGCAAGACUAUGUCGCUACCCCCUUAAAUAUACAAGAAUUUCCCACUGGCACCUAUUGUUUGACAGGUCGUUGGAAUGCCUAAUUUAAACACCU